UUUACCUACAGCUUGCUCAACCAAUUCGUUUACUUCUAAACUAUGUUGGAGAAGAAUUUGAAGACAGGAAAUAUGCUUGUGGUCCAGCUCCAGAUUAUAGCAGAGAGAGUUGGAUGAAAGAAAAGUUCACUCUUGGUCUUGAUUUUCCAAAUCUUCCAUAUUACAUCAGUGGGGAUAUUAAAGUUACACAAAGCAAUGCCAUACUCCGUGUCAUUGCAAGAAAACACAACUUGUGUGGUGAAACGGAAAAGGAAAGAAGCAUUGUUGAUAUGAUGGCUGAGCAGUUGAUGGACUUUAGAAAUGGAUUUGUGCGCCUUUGUUACAACCCCAACAAUUAUGAGGAAAACAAGAAAACCUACCUCGGCAAUGUYCCCAAGACUAUCGAGGCUUUUAGUGAUUUUCUUGGCGAGAAGAACUAUCUUGCUGGGGACAAGAUAACCUUUGUUGACUUUGUCAUGUAUGAACUGCUUGACCAGCACAAAGUCUUUGAWGCGUCUUUACUUGAACCUCACAAAAACCUUCAGGCAUUUAUGGAGCGAAUUGAGGCAUUACCAAAAAUAGCAGAAUACAUGAAAAGUGACAAGUUCAUGACGCGACCUAUCAACAAUCCCAUGGCGGUGUUCAAAUAGCUAACACGAUAAUACUGUAGUUCGGACCAUAUAUACCAUAUAUUCCAUAUUCAC